AUGAUUAUUGUUUGUUGUUGUCAACUUUUAAUGUCAUUAUUUGAACAUAAACGAAGAUCUCAACUCAUCUUAUCGUACGGUAAAAAUGGUUUAUUGUUGCUGUUAACGGCACUCAUACUGACUUCAUAUGCGUUUCACUUUUCAGUAACAACAGCAAUUGAUGUUUAUUUACAUUUGCAAUUGAUUGAUUUUGGCAUGAAAGGAAAAACAUAA